AGUGGAACUAGUCUAGAUUUGUCUAUUUUAUCAUUUCUUGGGGAAAAUAUCGGCGGGAAGGUCUGUGCCCCGAGCUAGGGUGGGCCGGGAACUCAGUUGGGGCUCCCAAGCUGCUAGUGGGGCCUGGAAACUGGCUGAGAGGCGGGUGGGGAGGAGCCCGGCGCCGCCACUCGCCGCUCGCCUUUUUUAAAUACACCGCCUCCUUUGGUGCACCCGGGAUUGCUGGCGGGGACGGGGCGGGGCUUUGGAGCCGGGUCCCCUGGGAGUGGGGUCCGCUGGGGUUCCUCCCCCAGACAGGGCUUUCCCUCUGGUAUGCCUAACUCCCUCCUGCCCUUCUUAUUCCAGUGGUUUACCCAUUCUUUAUCUUUUCUCACCAGCAUCCAUUCAUGUGUUAUUCAUUCAGCCAAUUCUUAAUUAAGCGCCUACUAGUGCAGGCACUGUUUUAGAUGUUGGGAAUACAGCAGUGAACAAAAUAGACAAAAAUCCCUGCAUUCAAGAGCCUAGGAGCCUAUAUUUUGGUGAAGAGGAGACCGACAAUAAACAAUAGACAUAGUAUAUAGGUAACAUGCACCAUGUUGGAAAGUGAUAAAGUGCUACAGAAAAAAAAAAAUAGAGGAAAUGUAAAGCAAGAUACCUCAGAUCCUCAGUGAUUCCUUCUUUUUGCUGCGGUCACGUUCCUUUCUUUUCUCAUCCUUUCAUCGAAUAUACAGGAAAAGAAGGUGCGAGAUCACAGCUAGCUUAGUGCUGCUCACGAACCCCAAAUCCAAGGCAGUGUUUGACACAUCGAGCCAAAUAGCAGCUGCCCUGUGGGUCAGGAGAGGCACUUGGGCUGACACCACCGAGAUUCGUAUCCCCCAAAGGAGGCUGGCAUCCACCAGAGCCACUUCAAAACUCGUCUGGGCAAAGCCAGAACUGACUUUGGGAGCUGGAUCCAGCCAGCAGAGAAGAAACCAGGACAGUAUUGGAAGACUGGAAAAGAAAGCUGGGUAAAAAAUUGCAACAGGUUGUAAUGUCAGUUGAGAGUCCAGGACCACCAAGCCAGCUGCUUUGGACCCCUGAAACCCAGCUCCUGCAGGAAAGAGCUCUACCAGCUGCUCAAUAUCCUGCCUUUGGCAAAGGUGGAAGCCAAGGAAACCUGCCGGGAGCAAAUCUCACACUGGAGCCAGUGACAUUUGAGGAUGUAGCUGUGAGCUUCAGUAGCAGGGAGUGGCAGUGUCUGACCCACGCUCAAAGGCACCUCUAUAAAGAUGUGAUGCUGGAAAAUUAUGGGAACAUAGUAUCGCUUGGAUUUCCAUUUCCUAAACCUCCUUUGAUCUCCCAUCUGGAACGAGGGGCAGAGCCCUGUGUUCAGGAUCUACAGGACAGGGAGCUCCUGAGCUGCUCCUUCCCAGUAUCAACUGACAAGUCAUGGCCUGAGAUGGAGAAGGCAAGUUCAGAACAAGAGGUUUUUGAAAAUGAAGAAGUCUGCUGGGUGAAAUUUACAAGUCUCCUAAAGGUUGUUUCCCAGGAUCCUGAGGUUGGUGAAGUUUGUGUACAAGAUGUCAAAUUAGAGAGUCAAUGGGAAAUGCCUAUGAGGGAGAAACUGAGAGAAGAGAAAGAAAGCUGUGAGAAAGUGACCUUCAAGAAAGGAAAGAAUCAGAAGAUACUUAGAAAAAACUUCAAUCCAAACUCAAAAUAUAUUCCAUAUAAUAGAGUUCUUAUAGAACAGAAACUCCAUGAAUGUGCCAAAUGUGGCAAAAAUUUCAGUUGGCAUUCUGACCUAAUUCUCCAUGAGCGAAUUCACUCUGGUGAGAAACCCUAUAUGUGUAAUGAGUGUGGGAAAGCAUUUAAGACCAAAAAUCAGCUUUCUAUGCACCAGAUAAUCCACACAGGGGAGAAACCCUUUAACUGUACCCAGUGUGAGAAGGCUUUCAGUAGUAGAUCAGCUCUUUGCCGACAUAAAAAAACCCACAAUGGGGAGAAGCCUCAUGGAUGCAAUGACUGUGGGAAGGCCUUCACGACCAGGCACCGUCUCAGUAUGCAUCAGAUAAUCCACACUGGGGAGAAGCCUUAUGAAUGUAAUGACUGUGGGAAGGCUUUCCAGUUCAAGCAUUCCCUUACCAUCCAUGGCAGAAUCCACACUGGGGAGAAACCAUAUGAAUGUGGGGAGUGUGGGAAGGCCUUCAGUGGGCGUUCAGACCUCACCAAACAUACAAGAAUCCACACUGGGGAGCGACCUUAUGAGUGCAACGAGUGUGGGAGGGCCUUCAGCCGGAGCUCAGACCUAAGCAAACACAAAAGAAUCCACACUCAGGAGAAACACUAUGAGUGCCCUCAGUGUGGAAAAGCCUUCAGCAGCAAGGCAGAGCUCACCAAACAUAGAAGAAUCCACACUGAAGAGAAGCCUUACAAGUGUAAGGAAUGUGGGAAAGCGUUUCAUCAUAACUGUAAACGCAGGGCUCAUGAAAGAGAACACACUGGAGAGAAGCCCUAUCGAUGUGGGGAUUGUGGGAAAACUUUCCAGGAUCGGCAUUGCCUUACCAUCCAUCAAAGAAUCCACACUGGAGAGAAACCUUAUAAAUGCUCCGAGUGUGGUAGAGCUUUCAGUGGGAAGUCAAACUUGACUAAUCAUCAAAGAAUCCACACUGGAGAGAAGCCUUACAAAUGUGAGGUGUGUGGAAAGGCCUUUCAUCAUAGUUCAGUCCUGAGGCAGCACAAAAGAAUCCACACUGGUGAGAAGCCAUAUUCCUGCAGUGAGUGUGGCACAUCUUUCCGUCAGUGCUCAGCGCUAAUUGGACAUAAGCGAGUACAUACUGGGGAGAAACCUUAUGAAUGUGAGGAGUGUGGAAAAGCUUUCCGAGUGAGCUCAAAUCUUACUGGACAUAAGAAAAGAAAACAUAGAAUUUGGAGAACCCACAAACUUGAUGAGAGUGGGAAACCCCUCUCUCCACUAACUGUUUCUCAGACCCUUUCAGUAGUCAAUAUUUUGACCACCAAUACAUAAGAGUAAUGAUUCUGGUGUUUACACUUUCCCAUUUCUCCUCCUCCAUCUUAGACUGCCCUUGUCUCCUGAUUCCCUGACCCCUAAUUGUGAGAUCCCCAAAGCCUUUCUCCUUGACCUUCCUAUUCAGUGUUUCUUCAGUGAGUACAUUCACUUCCAAGGCUUUGUCUAUCAAUAAUAAUAAAUACUUACCAGUGUUU